GCUGCUGCGACUCUGGAUACGUAGAGCCCCUUGCAGACUGGAUGCUCGUGCGGAAACCAAGCAAAUAUGAAGACGCCCUCCGGGAGCUCAGCGCGCACCUCUUGGAUAAGGGCUCCCUCGAGGGCGCGAAGUUAUUCGCGCUUCGCGGUCCUCGUUCCUUCUCCCCCUCCUCCUCGUCCUCCUAUUCUCCCUUUGGGAGGGCGGCGCGAGAGCGCGAAGUUAUUCGCGCUUCGCGCAGCGCGAAGCGCGAAGUUGGGAGCCCUAGUUGGAUGUGCGUUGGGCCCCAUGGCGGCUCUUCCAGCGCCGCGCUCCGCGCGCUGGGAGGGGGAGGGGUCUACGAGCACUCGUCUCGAAAUCCACGCGGAUCCUAAAUCCAUGCUCCAAUGGGGGGGCCCUCUGGCGCCGCGCCGAUGCGGCAUCCGCGCGGAUCUACGAACGCACAUGCCUGUGCAGCUGUGGGGCCCACCCGAGGGCGCAGCGCCGUCUCCCCGGGGUCCACCGCGGGGGCGCAGCGAAGCCUGGCGUGGCAGGCUGCGGUGGCCGCGCCCUGGCUCCGUGAAUGCUUGCCGGGCAGCCCCCUUCUCGGCGGCGAGCGAGGGGGGGAAGCGAGGAGGAGAAGGCCUUCUCACCAGGCGGCGGGGCUUGUCAGGGGCCCAUCGUGCCUUCUGAGACGUGAUUUUGUCUUCGGAGAAGGCUCAGACAACUUCUCAGAUGGCCGGGGGACUUCCGAACCUUCUUCUCUUCCUUCUCCGCCUCCUCCUCGUCCUCAUCCUCCUCUUUCUCCUCCUCCUCCUCCUCCCCUCCUCCUCCUCCUCCUCCUGAGAAGUUCUUCUCCUUCUCACUUUCCCCCCUCGCUCGCCGCCGACCUUCGUGUGGACGCCUCGCUGGACGAGCAGGCGCAGUGUCCGGCAGUCAGGCGGAGAGAACAGGUGCCCAUAUAACGCUACCCCUCCCUCGGUUGUCCCGCUCUUGGGCCUCCUCGGAGGCCCUCGUCGCCACCGCUGGAUUUGGAUUCGCCUCGAGGCUCUGGUCAGAACGCACCCCCGGAGAGGUCCAGGGAGCAGCGGUAUCGGUACCCAUACCGCUACCCUUCCCUCGUGUGUCCCUCUCCUGGGCCUCCUCGGAGGCCCUCGUCGCCGCCGUUGGAUGCGCCCCGAGAUCCUGGUCAGAACGCCCCCCGAGAGGGGUCCGGGGAGUAGCGGUCUCGGCACCCUUCGGUUUCGCCGGACGAGCGGGCGCAGUGCCCAUCAGAGGAGCGGGAGCUCAGGAUAGUGAUGCACAGGCCUGCCAGGAUGUUCCAGAGCUUGGGGCAUUCCACACGGGCUGCAGAAGCGAGGACCGCCAGAUACACUCUUGCGAACAUCGGAUCGCACCUGGAGCCAAUCCCAUCGUUACGUCAUUCACGUCCUGUUCCAGUGUCCAGCGUCCUCUCCUUCCCCGUCCUCCCAUGCCAUCAUCCAGCGGGAGUUGGCCUUUGGAGCUCCUGUCGCAGGAGCGAGCCAAGCAGAAGGACGAGGAGGAGAGGCGGCGCAAGGAGGAGGACGAGGCGAGACGGAAGGCCCAGAAGGAGGCCGACGAGAAGCGGCGGCGCGAGGAGGAGGAGGCGCGGGAGCAGAGGGAGAAGGAGGAGCGCGAGCGGCGAGAGGCCGAGGAGCGGAAGCGGAGGGAGGAGCGGGAGGCCGAGGAGGCCGAGCAGAGGAAGGUGCAAAAGGCCGCCGCGGAGAAGCUGCUGGCGCAGGUGUCAGAGGAGAUGAGCAAAGUGCAGGUGGAGGGCGUGCCCAAGGAUCGCAAGAUCGCCGGCAUCCUGGGCACCUCCGGUGCGCACGAGGCUUUCCGCGACGACUCGCCAGACAGGAAGCACAAGCCUCUGCAGAGGCUCGACGGCGCUGGGGGGCCUGGCGAGGCCAAGCUCAGGGACGACGAGAUGCGCCGCCUGAUCCAGCAGGUGCCUACGGACAAAGCGAAGGCGUUUGCCUAUAGCAUCGACUGGUCAAGUGUGGUUGAGCACAAUAUCAUCGAGAAGAAGUUGCGGCCUUGGGUGAAGAAGAAGGUCAAUGAGUAUUUGGGGGCCGAGGAGCAGGGGAUGGUGGAGUUCAUCAUGCGGAAGGUCGGCGCCAGGGCCGACCCGAACAGCAUCCUGGCGGAGCUCGAGGGCUUCCUGGACGAGGAGAGGCGGAGAACUUCACCCUGAAGAUGUGGCGCAUGCUGAUCUUCGAGGUCCUCCGCGUGAGGGCGCGCUAGGGCAGGCGCGGCGCGGCCCGGGCACCCGACCACCGACUUGGGGAUCCUCAUCAUUCCGCGCGUUUUGCUGAAAAAAAGCGCCCUCCCCGGAUUCUGGGCCUCAUAGGUGUUUUUUUUUUCGCAGAUAGGGUCGGAGGAUCGCGAC